AUGAAAAACCAAAGGGGAAAUUGUAAGUUGAGCACCAACCGACCUCUAGCCGGCAAGAAGACGAGGCUGGAUCCGGCCGAGAAGUUAGACGAAGGAUUCGUCGGAUCAAGUUCGGCGGGAGGCCAGUGGAAGAGGAGAGGGGAGCGACAGAGUCGCCGGAGCGAAGAGGGAAGGUGGAGAAGACGCCGUAGCUGCGGGAGAAGGUGGGAUCGCCGCAGGAGCAGACUCACAGGCGACGGGAAACGGCGGCGAUGGAGACGGAUUUGGAGUCGGCGGCGCUUCCUCUUCUCCACGAAGAAGAUAGAAGAAUGA